AUGGCGAAAUUAAUAAUCGCUUUAUCAUUUCUAUUGAUUGUGAGCAAUGUAUCAGCUUUCUGGGGUCCGUGUGCUGGAGUUCCAUCUCCAGAAUGGAUAACAUCUCAACAGUGUGAUGCUGUUAGAUGCACAGUAAGCCGAGGGGGAACUUUAAUAGCCCAGGCUCAAUAUACUUCACCAAGAUCACAUAAUGAGUUGAUUGUUAGGUUUACUGCAUUCCUUCUUGGUCUCCCAGUGUUCUUACCCAUCCCACCUGGAUUCGAGGAUGCGUGCACACAACUUGCAGAUGGAAUAACUUGUCCAACACCAGCAAACUUUCCAAUUAUUUGGAAUAUGAACGCGCCUAUUCCUACAACAGUACCUGCCUUUAAUAAUGCUCCGGUUAGAGUUGAACUUCUGGAGAACAACCAAUCAGUUGUGUGCGCAAUGGUUACGGCUACAAUUUUAUGAAAACUUACAUCGAUAAAAAAAAAUUAACAAGAAAACUAUGAAAACAAACGAAAAACUUAAAUAUCCAAUGAAAUGUAAAUUAAAUAGAUAAUUAAAUAUUGAGUUAA